AUGCCACGCAAGAGCAAUACCGAGAUCCGUGAGAACUCUGACAGCAUUCCCGUUGGGGAGGAUGCGGACGUUCCUAUGUAUGGAAGUCCAGAGCCCGAUGCGGGCGUCUGUAAGCAAUCCCCGACGGUGAUCAACACAGAGCUCCUCCCUAGGGAGGUCCUGUUGAACCCGAACAACCUCUGGCUGGAGAGGUAUCCGCUCCCGGCGCUGGACCAGCGCACGCUGAACCUCUCCACCGUGGUCGCCAUCACCGUGGAUACCGUGUACUGCACCCAGAAGAGCUUCAUGACCGAGAAGGCCGAUCGCGAGAUGCGGUACGGCAAGGAGAUCAAGGCCAUCCCGAGCGGUUUUGCGGUGAUCGCCCCUCUCAGCGCCGGCUGGGCCAAGGCCCCGCUGGAGGAUCGCCCCGGGAAGGACGCGAGGUUCAUCGCGGACAUGAGUGUCUGUGCGGAGACGGGGGCCCGGGAGCUGCUCAUCCGCUCCUUUGAGAAGCACGAGAGCAACCCGCAGUACAAGGGCCCCGUGAGGGACGACCUGGCGACUCUGAUCCGGCAGGGGGCGACGCUGAGGAUGUCGACGACGAUGAAGACCUUCGAGUUCGAGAAGAAGAAUGCCAAGCAGCAGGGCUACAAGCCCCUCUUCCCGGCGAACAUGGAGAUGAUCACUCCCUUCACUCUGGUGGAGCUGACGCUGAAGCCCAACCACGCGGGGAGGAAUGAGGGAGGUGACCUGGUGCAGAUCAAGCAGAUCCGCGUCUUGCCGUUGACGUUGCACUCCUUCGUCGAUGCGAUGGAGAAGUUCCCCAACACCUUCGACGCGCAGAAGGUGGUGACGGAUCACUGCAAGACUUUUGCCCCCGAGGGUAGCGCCCCCUGCUCGGUGUGGUUCUUCGGUGCCGGCGGCGAGUGUGCGUUUCUGGACAACGUCUCCCCGCUGAUGCAGGCGGUGAGGCCGGACGUGUCCCGCGAGCACUGCAUGGUUCAGCUGGUGAACGUGUGUGUGGAGACGGCCUCGAGCCCCAUCACCCUGGAUACGGUGGAUGUGUCCGAGAGCCUGUUGCUGAGGUAUACCAACUGCAAGGACGUGGAGUGCGCGUGCCGGUUCCUGGAGCUCGCGGCCUGCUGCCAGGCGGUGAGGUUGUUCGUCGUGAGGAACAACGGGAACAUGAGGGGGGAUGACAACGGGGUGAUCGAGGGCCUCUCGAAGUACCGUGGCAUCCCCGUUAUCGACUUCUACAAGAUGCUGCAGAUCGACCCGUCCCGUGGGAUGGAGGAUCCGGUGCUGGCUUUCAUGUCCCGUGUGGGGAGGAUGGAAGGCACUGCCCCCGUGUCCCAGGACCUUCCGGGUGACGCGAGGGUAAGUUACGAUCCCUGCACCUUCAUGCUGAGCAUCAACACGAAUCACUUCUACGUGUUCGAGGCGGACGGCGUGGAGAUGAAGCGGAUGAUCGUCAUCCGUGUGGAUCUCCGCGUGAGAGACAAGAAGGAUGCCGAGGAUCAUGAGGAGGGGGUGUCUGUGGAUUUCCAGCCUUACCACCGUGCGUUCAGGCUCAGGAAGUGCUGCCGUGUCCAUAUCGACCUCGGACCGAAGCUCGAUUCGGAGGGCCGUUUCAUCUCCAACGUCGAGGAGAAGGACUACCUCUGCAUGCUGCUCAAUAUCGCCUCUGCCAGGCCCCGCGCCUUCGGUGGGAGUGCGGUGGAUGCCCCGAGGGAGCUGAAGAAGCGCGCCGCCCCUUCCGGGUGUGACGGGUUCGAUAGCGACUAG